AUGAUCUGGCAAAAGGGGAUUCGCGAGGGGGCCUGGCUUACCUGGGACCGGAUCGGCUUCGCGUGCCUUUGCUCCGCCAUCGGCCUCAGUCUCGGCCUUAUCUGGUUGCUGGUUGUUCCCAACGCUUUCGGCGCGCCCAACGGCACCGUGCUGAUGGACUAUUUCAGUUUCUGGCUUGCUGGACGGCAGGCGCUCGCCGGGAUCCCUGAAAUUGUCUAUGUUCCCGCCGAGUUUUCGGCAUUGCAGGUCGAAAUCUCGGGGUCCGAAACGGUCUUCGGCUUCUUUUAUCCGCCGACUUUCCAGCUUCUCCUGAGCGUUUUUGCUGCGCUUCCUUACAAGAUGGCCUUUGCGGCUUUCGUGAUUUCAACCACUGCGCUCUUGUGCCUUUCCUGCAGGCUGAUCACCGGCAAGUGGCUGCUCGCCGCGUGCCUGAUCCUCAUCCCGGCCUGUGCAAACAAUGCGUUUCACGGACAGAAUGCGGCCCUGACCGCCGCUCUUUACGGAUUCUUUCUCGUCGGUAUCGAGCGACAGCGCAUGAUGCUGGCCGGGUUUGCUCUCGGUUUGCUGACGAUAAAGCCGCAACUCGGAAUUCUUGUCCCGGUCGCGCUUGUUGCCAGCUUGAACUGGCGAGCCUUCCUCGGCGCGUCGGUGACCACAUUGGUGUUUGCGGGCCUAAGCGCUGCUGUGCUCGGCGCCGGUGUCUGGCUGAUGUUCUGGCAACAGGCGCCGGUCGCAGCAGCAAUGAUGGAGCUUGGCGGUGUCGAAUGGGGCAAGAUGAUUUCUGUCUAUGGCAGCUUCCGUCAAUUCGGGCUUGGCCAUGAGAUUUCGAUGGCUGCGCAGAUGUUGGUCGGCCUCGGCGCGCUCAUCUGCGUCUGGAAGACCUGGCGCAGAACGGGCGACAUGGCCGUCCGGUCCGCUUCAUUGAUUGGCGGAACCCUCCUGGUGACACCGUUCGCACUCACCUAUGACCUGACGCUUCUCGUCAUCCCGUGUGCGUUUUUGAUCAGGGAAGGGCUCGAUCGAGGGUUUUUCCCCUAUGACAGGAUUUUGCUUGCCGUGGUCAUCGGACUGUCCGCAUCUACGGCGCCAUUUGCCAUCCUGCUUGGCAUUCCGAUGGCACCGCUUUUGCCGGCAGCGAUCCUGUUUCUUGGAAUGCGGCGCAUGCAGCUCAUCGAUCGUGCACGGCAACAGGAACGUGAACCGGAUCACAUCUCCGGAACGGCAUCGGCCUGA